UGACUGUUCCCUAUCCCCUGUUCCCACUCCUUGUUCUCCUCUCCCGCGGAUGGCCUGAAGGAUACUGCCGAUAGCAGUCACUGCAGUUUCUGUGCAGCAGCUCAUGUCAGCAGGUCAGCGACCUGUGGUACUUCCUCGACGCAGUCCUCGGAUAGCAGCUCUUCUCAGCAGACAACAACAGGCGGCAGCACGCAUCACGACACCGACGAUACCAAGGAGGCGGCGAACGAUGGUCCUGCCAGCGUUUCCGGUCCAAGGCGCCAAUGAGGCGUCCGACGUGUUCUUGCAGCGCGUUCAGGCCUUCAUGGACCUGCCCGCUGCUGAACAGGAGCCGAUGCCGCUGCAGCCGCUGAACAGCAGAGACUGGCUGAAAAGGCAGCAGCUGAGCAUCAGAGGCUGGCCGACGAGGCUGCCGCCGAGGCACAACAUUUGGCCAACGAGGCAGCCGUCCAGGUGCAGCUACAGCGAGAGGCCGCCGAAGCAGCGCAACAGCAACAGCGUGCUGCAAGCACACAGGUCCAACGAGGCUGCCGCCGAGGCACAACGUUUGGCCAACGAGGCAGCCAUCCAGGUGCAGCUACAGCGAGAGGCCGCCGAAUCAGCGCAACAGCAACAGCGUGCCGCAAGCACACAGGCCCGUGCACCGGCAGCUGCACCGAUCGGUUCAUCAGUGGCUGGCCAGCAAUGGGGCCCGAGUGUAGCAGCAAUUGAAAGUACAGCCGCCACCACCACUCAGCGCAUUGAUCACAUCAUCAGCUUGAUUGGCGAGGUGGGCCAGUUCGAGGCCCCAACGACGCUCAGCAACCAAGUGACGGCACUCGAAACCGAGCUGUGUCAGCUGAAGUCAAGACUGGACAGCGGCAAGGCGUACAAGAUGCCCAAGUUCAACUUAGUCAAAUUUGACGAUUAUUACAAGACCAACGCAUUGGCUUGGUGGACCGCAUUCAAUACGGAGGAGGACGUGGAUCAAGUUCCCGACGAUCUGUGCCUCAACGCGUUGUACCUCCAGCUGAUUGUCGGCAGCCAGGCCUUCAUGAACAAUUUGGCAUUGCAAAAAGCCUGUACGAUUGCAACACUGCACACCAAGAUUACAUGGGCAGAAUUUGAGCAGCUGUGGCAGACGCAGUUGAUGGUCCAAAAUGUGAAGAAGACGGUCAUGAACGAGCUCUACCAUUGCAGCCAAGGAAUUAUGCCUACCCGAGAAAGGUUGAUGAAGUGGCAGAAGUUUGUUGCCACCCCAAAAUGCAACCUCGAUCUCGAGUAUUUGAGAUCUGAGUUCUUCUCUCGGUCAUGCGAUGGGUUGGCCAUGGCUCUCGGCAAUGAGUUGCAGUACGAGACCUUCGACGUAGUCAUAUCACGAGCGAACAUUCUCAUACAAACGGACCGGCGAGCGGCCAAUGAAAGCAAUCUUGGAAACAUCUAUGCAUUUUACAAGGGCUUCAAGAUGUGCAAAGACUUGGGUUUGAUUCCACGCAUCCCAAGAAUGGUAUGUGCACAGGCAGCAAAUGCAAACCCUCUCUAUCGCGCGUACGUGAACGGCUUUGAGAACUUCGAAGCUGUGAAGGCGGCACCGACAUUUGCAUCAGCAAUUCAGAUCGGCGAUCCAGUGUCGAUUGAUCGGGCAAUCUUGGCCUUACAGGAAAGUAAUGGAAUAGUUGAGGAAGCUACGGAGGAAGAACUGAUGGAUGCUGCAGCUCAGGCUGACCUGACAGGGAUGUUCAACUGCCCUCACACAGGGGUCGCUUUAUCUGCCCUAAUUAAGCUCAGAGGAAAGAAUGUGAUCAAACCGACAGAUCGAACAGUGGUUGUCAGCACUGCUCACGGUCUCAAGUUCACACACUCCAAGGUGGCGUAUCACUCGAAGGAGAUUCUGGAUAUGGAGUGUGUUUAUGCAAACCCUCCAUUGCAAGUUUCAGAAGAUUUUGGUGCUGUGAUGGAUGUCCUUCGAAAGCAGUUGCGCCUGCGUUGAAGAAGAAUCGAGUAUAGAGUUGCAGCCCGGUACUCAAGUCUCUGUGCUUUCUUUACCCUUCACUUCUUCCCUCUGCGCUCACAGCAGCUGUCCUUUUGCAUCGUGGUGUUGCAUCGAUGCUUGUCUGAUGCGGCAUAGAUGCCCUCGUAGAUGGUGUUGCUACAUGGCAUAUAUGGCAUUGUGACAUGGCAUAAAUGCCCUCUGAUGUGGCAUAGAUGCCCUUGUGACGUGAUUUAGAUGCCCCUUGUGACGUGGUAUGGAUGUCCUCUUGACGUGAUUUAGAUGUCCCCUGUGACGUGGUAUGGAUGUCCUCGUUACAUGAUUUAAAUGUCCUUUUUGAUGUGUCAUACAUGUCGCUUUGACAUGGCAUAGGUGGCCAUGUGUGUGAAUCAGUGAUGGCAACUGUCAUUCGGCCAGCUGAUGAGGUCUCUGUGCUCUCUUCAUCCUUCCCUUCUUUCCACUGUACUCGUAGUGGCAAGGAUUUGCUAUGUUACGUUGUGUUGGUGCCUUGUCAUUGCCCGUCUGCGGAUUGAUGAUGGUGACUCUCAUUCAGUCCACAGGCUGUGAGGAAUCUUGUUCAUCUCUGCAAACCGUUAUUGGAUUUCUUUCUUGGUAGGAACGGCCCUCUGCCUUCUGAACUUUACCAGUUUUAUAACCUGAUUGUCCAAUUUCAAUCCUGUGUAAUCGCUUCUCUGUCCGGACACUUCCUCCUCCGCUUGUCAAUCCACUGAGGUAUUUUAACAUGUACGCCCUCCUCAGCUGCAGAGAGUAGUUUUCAGGUGCACUGGGGAGAAAGUUGUGAGGGCAGUCUCCAUAGAAUGAAUGAUCCGAACCUGA